GCUCCAGAAACUUUAACAUUCUUUUUUUCAAAAUUUUUUCUAUUAUUUUAGACACAUUUGAAAUCAAUGAAAUCGGCCUAUAGUUACAUAUUUCGGUCUUGUUUCCACCUUCAUAAAGAGGUAUUAUGAGGCCUAUCUUCAAUAUCUCUGGAAAAAUACCAUUUUCAAAACAACAAUUGAUAACAUGGGAAAGGGGUUCGGAGAUUUCUUUCAUUAUCUGUUUCAGUGCCUCUGCACGUAUGACGUCGAUUCCUGGCGACUUUCCAUUUUUUAAACUUUCAAUGAUAUUUUCGCCUUCCUUCGGAUCUGUAGGACUAAUAAACAAGUUUCAUUCUGAAAUUUAUCCGUUUCUUCAUUAUUUUCAAUAUUUGGAAUAUUUUUGGCAUAUCGUUCUCCUACAGUGCUAUAGUGCUCAUUAUGCUUCAGCAAUGUCUUUUAGAUUUUCCGAAGUACCUACCCUCAGUUAUUUUUAUCAUAUCAAUCCUUGUUGCAAGUUUGAUAUCAUUACAUACUCUAUGGGCAUAAUCCCAUAAAGCCUUCGGUUCAGAUUAAUUUCUUGAUAUAUAUUUCUGAAAAUAGGAUUUUUUUGAGUUCCUUGUACAUAUUAUUUUUUCAUUUAUUAAUUUUAAUAAUGUUAAUCCAUAAUAGUGUUAUCCAGGAAUUACGUUUGAAAUUUAUGUUUUCGAUUUUCACAUAAAUGGUAUUUUUUUAUAUAGUUUGUAAGAAUGGUAAUAAAUGUUUCAGUAACUGAAUCCACGCCUGUUUUCGUAUACAUUCCUUGCCAGGAUUCAUUCAGUAAGUCUUGUUUAAGUUGCUCAUAAUUCAUGUAAAUAUUUUCUUUGUUCCGUGUCUAAUUGUUUGGGUUGCACAGCUUUACCGCAAGAUAGCAUAAUCGCGCUUUGGUCAGUUAUUAAAUAGCCAAUCACACAGUCUGGAGAACUCUUCUAAUUCCAACCCUUAGCAUAAAAAUGAUCGAGACAAGAGCCGCUUGCUUGUCUAGUGCAUUUGUUUAUGAAGGAUACAAAUCCAAAGCUGUUCAUAAUAUUUUUGUAUUCCUCAGCAAAAUCUUCAUUGGUUAGAAUAUUAAUAUUAAUGUCACCUACUAUUACGUGCCUCUGACAUGAUUUUGUUUACAGAUAGUUGUAUGAGCUUUGAUUGAACAGUUUGGUACACUGAUGUGGAGAUUUAUAUAUGGCUGUUACCUUCAUAUCUUUAUUGAAUGCUCCCUUUAUUGAAAUGUCUAUCGCUUUUGUUUUCCCGAUUUCAACAAUUUUAUAAUCGAAUGUAAGGUUCUCUUUAACGUAUAGACGACCACUCCGUCGUUCCUAUUGUAACAACCUUCAUUAUAAAUACAAUUAACACGUUCGCGACAUCGAGUGAUUCACAAAGAUACCCGUGUGGACGUUCAAAUUCUUGACCAUUUUCCGUCGUGUCCCACCGGUGGGUCACGACGUUCCCAAGUUAUAAUUGUCUCUCAUAGUCGUCGUGUCCCACCGGUGGGUCACACAGGGCUUAUAUUAGCUCUGUGUGAACCAGCGGUCAUUUGAGCACGCUAACAUAUGUUGGACUUUUUUUGUUUCAGAUCAUUGAAAAAUGAGUUCAAGAGCUCGAAAAAUAGUUUCAUUAGCAGUGAAAUCUUUGAACGAGGAAGAUUCUCAACAGGCAACAUCGUCUGCUGAUCCAGACCCAUCAUCGCAGGAAUCACCCUGCACCCGAAAUUCUCCCUUACUUCCACAAGCAGCAGGUUCAAAUCAAAGAAGCAGGGCAUAUAUUAUAUCGUCUUCAGAAUCUGAACCAUUUGAGAGUUCUGAAGAUUCAUACAGACCUUCAGAUGACGAGGUUGAAACUCCCAACGUGUUGUCAGAAAGUGAAGUAUCAAGUGAUGACGACAAAAAUGAUAAUGGCAACGUUGCGGAAACAGACGAUUUGGACAGGUGGGGACCUUGUACGGAACUGCCAGUCACUUUCCAAUUCACUAGGCAAAGUGGUUUGAAAAAAGAUAGCUUGGAUUUGAAUAAACCAUUUGAUAUAUAUCAACAGUUUAUAACAAAUGAAAUUAUUGAUCUUAUUGUUUCGGAAACUAACAGAUAUGCAUCGCAACUGAAGUCCAAACCACUUCGACCUCGAUCAUUAUUGCACAAAUGGGUAGACACAAACAGAGAAGAGAUGCAAAGAUUCUUGGCUGUUCUACUGAUUAUGGGCAUCAAUGAACUUCCAAAAAUGCGCUUAUAUUGGUCAAACGACGAAAUGUAUGGAAACGAUCUGAUCAAGAAAACCAUGACACGGAACCGAUUUGAUAUGAUGUUGAGGUGUUUACAUUUUACAGAUAACACUGAUCCCGAAGCCAAUGCCGACAGGCUCUCUAAAAUAAAAACUGUCGUUGAGCUAAUUUGUCGCCAAUUCCAAGAGACACUUACACCAAACGAAGAGGUCGUGAUAGAUGAAAGUAUGGUGCCUUGGAGAGGCAGGUUAGUAUUCCGGCAGUACCUUCCUGCGAAAUCACAUAAAUAUGGUGUGAAAAUAUAUAAAGUGUGUACAACAGAAGGGUACACCUAUGACUUGCGAAUCUACGCCGGAAAAAACAUUUCAACUGGUGUCACAGCACAAAAUGGGAAGGGACACACAUAUAACAUCUGUAUGGACUUACUGAAAGACCUCAAACAUGAGGGACGCAUAUUAUAUAUUGAUAACUUUUACACCAGUGUGCAACUGUGUCGCGAUCUUCUGCAAUCUCACACAUAUGUGUGUGGAACUCUACGCAGUAAUCGAAAGGGAAAUCCGAAAACAGUGUGCACGAAAAAACUGAAGAGGGGAGAAGUUUAUGGCCAACAGAAUCAAGAUGGAAUUCGUGUAUUGAAGUGGGUAGAUAAACGACCUGUUUUGAUGAUUAGUUCUGUUCCGGCUCAUGCAGCUUGCCUAGUACCAACGGGUAGGAAAAACCGAAAUGGAGAUGAUAUAGUCAAACCACAUGCAAUUAUUGCUUAUAACAAAGCAAAAAAAGGUGUUGAUGUUUCGGACCAGAUGUCCUCUUACUACACUUGUCUGAGAAAAAGCCUAAAAUGGUAUAAGAAAGUUAUAUUUGAGAUUAUGCUCGGAACAUGUAUUGUGAAUGCUUGGGUUUUACACAACAAUUACAACAAAGGUGGAAAAAAAAUGGACAUGCUUAGGUUCAGAGAAAACGUUAUUCAUGGGUUGCUGAACCAAGGAGAUGCAACUACUAGUGCAGAUAUACAAGGUGGAGGCGAUGGACCCAUGAAUGAGAAUUUGGAGCACUCAAGAAAGAGAAAGCGGUCGAAGUCGCAACAUAAGAUUGGGAAGUAUGAAGGGAGUGCAAGAAAAAACAGAAGAAGGUGCAGUGCUUGCUACAAACGUAUCCAACAAGAGAUGGGUUCCAAAGAGGCGAGAGUAAAAGCAAAAAAAGUGCUUACAUAUUGUGUUGAUUGUGAUGAAAAACCAACUCUCUGUAUCUCUUGUUUCAAUGAACUACACAAAUAGAUGCAGUUUAUUUUCAUUUUCACGUAAAAAAUUAUUGAGUUUUGAGAAAAAUAAUUAUGUUUUUAUAAUUUUUAUAUGUUAUGAAAGAAUGAUGUUACUUUUAUUUUUGUUAAAUAUAUUAUGCUUUCGUCUGUUGUUCCAGAAAUAAAACAUUUUUUGGCAUUAUGGCCUUAUUUUUUAUCCAAAUUUCACAAUUCCAAAACCACACUGCACAUAGCUUCAUGUACUUCACCUGCAGCCGUAGCUACAAUUUCAAAGAUCUACCUAGAAAAUGCAGAGAUAUAUUUGGCUAAAUAAACUGAACACAGCGUGACCCACCGGUGGGUCACGAAC